AUGGCAGGGCCAAGAAUCAUCAAAACUGUGGUCAAGACCUUCAAGUACUUCUUCGGCCUGAGGUUUGAGGUGAAGGGACUGGAGCACUUUGAGGUGGAGGGCCCUGCUAUCAUUGUGUCCAACCACCAGAGCACGCUCGACAUGAUGGGGCUGAUGGAGGUCCUGCCCGACGACUGUGUCCAGGUGGGCAAGAAGGAGCUGAUGUACGCCGGCACUGUGGGGCUCAUCAUCUACCUCGGCGGUGUCAUCUUCAUCAACAGGAAGAGCACCACCAGCGCCAAGAUGGUGAUGGCAGAGGUGGCCAAGACUAUGGCAACCGACAAAGUGAAGGUGUGGGUGUACCCAGAGGGCACGAGGAACUGCACGGGGGACUUGCUGCCGUUCAAGAAAGGAGCGUUUCACCUUGCUGUCCAGGCACAGGUCCCAGUGAUCCCCGUGGUGUAUUCCUCCUUCACCACCUUCUAUAACCCAAAGAAGAAUCUAUUUACAUCAGGCAAAAUCAAGGUUGAGGUCCUGCCUCCAAUACAGACCAAAGGCCUGACAUCAGACGAUGUCUCUGACCUCACUGACAGAUGCUUCCGCACCAUGAGGGAGACCUUGUUCAGGCUGUCGGGCCGUCCAAGCGAGGCAAAGGACUCGUCCUAGACGCUUCUCCAUUGGCGUCACCAUGUGGUGGUGGCUGAAGGAACCUGUCUGUUGCCAAAUACCGAAGGAACUUCCUCUGCAGUGACUUCUAACUCUGGGAACACCACGGACUGGCACGCACGGGGUGUCGAGCCAGCACUGAGGUUCCCCGUUGAGUGGAUUUCUCUUAUGGGUUCAUUAUCUUGCAA